AUGGCUGGGCAGCAGAAGCAGCAGCAGCUACAGCUGCAGCAGCAGCAGCAGCAGCAGCAGCAGCUAGGUAGCUGCACUGCUGCAGAUAUACGCCGCUUGCUGCAUCGAGCUGUCUGUACAGUCAAAGAAAAACAAAAUGACGAAGAAUCUAAAAAGAUUGACUACGAGCUCAUGGAGAGGCGUUGGAGUUCAUUUUUAUCUUCUGUUGAGAAACACGGAAAGAUGACAACAGCUAACUUUAUUAAGGUCUACACAGAUGGUCCAUUAAAUGGAGGAACAGGACGCUUCCGUGACCUCCAUCUACGUUUACGAGGAGCAGCAGCAGCAGAAUUAGGGUUUGUCUUCUUGCAUUCAUUACAAGCAGCAAAAGCUGAUUCUAUUGCUCAUAAAACCCUACAACAACUCCAACAGAUCCCUCCUUUGUGGUGCUGCGGUUGUGUCUCAUCACCCAACGAAGAAGGCUCUCUUGUUCAGGUGUUAGAGAGCGAUGUCCCUAAGAAGCGUCGAUGUAUACAAGAGGUUUUGCGUCAGGCUAUACAAACAGUCCGCAACAUGUAG